GCGAUUAGUCAGUAGUAUGAAAACUUCCGAUCAUGUCGCGUUGUCAGAUCACGUUGGACGAAAAAAUCGGUAUAAUCGGACGGUUGGAAAACGGCGAGGAAAUCGGCGCGAUCGCCAGAGAAUUCGGCACCUCGUCGUCGACGAUUUCGACCAUAUGGGACAGGAGGGAUUCGUUGAAAACGAUGUUGGAAAUCGUGUCGCUCCGGACGAAACAACUGCGCACUGCUCAGCACAAGGACCUCGAAGAAGCCGUGCUGGCGUGGUUCAAAAAACAGCGAUUGGCGAACGUGCCCAUCAGCGGUCCCAUGUUGAAAGCCAAAACCGAACAGCUGGCCGAAGGGUUGAAGAUAGAGGAUUUCAAGUGCUCUGCGUCUUGGGUUCUGAGCUUCCGACAGCGGCACAACAUCGGCUUCGGAAAGAUGGCGGGCGAGUCGACAGCGGUGUGCUCCAGGUGUCACGACGACGUUUGGCCGUCUGGAACGGGUUACAGUGAAUCUGACGAAGAAAGUUUCGUACUUCUCGAUUCGGACGGAAGUUUCGUACUUCUCGACUCGUGAUAGUUCGAGGCGAACUGCAAGCGGAGCCAGACGAUGCGAUUCCGUCGAGCCCGGUGAUGAUUUUUAAACCGUACUUAUCAUAAAUAUCCGAAGACGCAGCAACAAAGACCCUGAAAAAUUUGAUUGCAUAAAAAAAUACACAGGUGCUAUAAAAAAGCGUCGAUUUCAUUAGAACCUCCAGUUGAAAAAAUACAUUCCGCGAAGCAAAGGAUUCAUUUCAGGAAAUUAAAUUCAAGUGAUUAUAAUUAAUAUUGUGUUGUAUAAUAUUAUUUGAUAAGAGGUGUAUAAUAGCAAUAAACCAAAGUUGUAACUCAAGUAAAA